UUGAUCUUGGCCAAGCUUGCGCUAUCAAAGCUUGUUUCGAUUCGCCAAGCUGCGCCGCAACGAUGUGAUGUUCACUGCCGGGGGAGCGGAGGGAUAGACUGAAUUGGGAACCGACGACAACCCAUCGUCACUAAUGUAACACCCAGGUAACUCACGAGCAACACUGACGCCACAGAGACCCCUCCCCUCACGACAACGGCCCUCGGGAUGACUUGAUUCGGAAUGAUCUCGCCGGGGAGAUACUGACCCCCAUCUUAUCACCGAGCCAGACCUCAUGAUGGUUGGGUCCCACCAAACCUGGCCGUUCCAUGAAAGUAGGACACCAGCCAAAAACAUGAGAAAUAUCCUCCCUGGUCUAUCUUUUCCUUAUCUGGUCUGGCGGUGUCUCUCCCCUUUGGCUGCCCUGCCCUUGUCAGGUCCAAGGCGCUCCAGUGACCUGAUGUGCAUGCUACUUCCACAUCUGAGCCUUCUUUCCCUUUCGGCACACCGAGCCCUGCCCAUUGACGACGGGUAUUGGCGGGGGAGACCAUACACACAUCCCAAUCCACGUCCAAGUAGGUAGGUCGCACCAAGUCACAAUAAUCUGGCAAACCCGACAGAGAGAGGCGGGGAAGCAGCCAGUAGGAAAAAUAUAUUACUUUUGAGAUUCCGACCUCGUCAAUCUAUCUGCCUUUCUUAUCACCCUCUCCGUCCUUUUGUCUUUUUUUCCCCCCCCUCUCCCCGUCCCUUUGCGCAACCAUCACGAGUAGGCGAAAAGGAACUCGCAUCUGCCUCGCCAACAUGGCCGCCUUUUUCAGAAAACGCGCCCUCGACGAGAAACACCCCGACUCCCCCCCUCCAGCAACCGCACCAGGCGCCCAAGAUGUCAGCAGCAGCGAGGAAGCCGGCAUGGUGGACGAGGGCGUGGAGGGCCCGGAUGAUUUGCAUCGCGGGAUGCGGCCUAGACAACUCAACAUGAUGGCCAUCGCAGGCGCAAUUGGCACUGGUCUCAUCAUCGGCACUGGCACAGCACUAAAGUUUGGUCCCGGCUCCCUCCUCAUCGGUUACGUCCUCAUGGGCUUCGUCGUCUACGUCGUCAUGGUCGCGCUCGGUGAAAUGGGUGCUUGGCUGCCGCACAAAAAGUCGUUUUCUGGGUAUGCGACGAGGUUUGUCGACCCGGCCAUGGGGUUUGCGACGGGGUGGAAUUACUUCUUUAAAUACGUGAUUGUGCUGCCGAAUAAUCUGACGGCGACGGGCAUCAUAUUGCAGUAUUGGGUCAAGGAUCUAAAUGUCAGUGUGUGGAUUGUGGUGUUUGGGGUGGUGAUUAUACUGCUGAAUCUGAUCCACGUACGAUUUUUCGGCGAGGCAGAAUUUUGGAUGUCGCUUGCUAAGGCGCUGGUCAUCAUUAUGCUGAUUCUGAUGUGCUUCAUUCUAUCUUUGGGCGGCAGUCCCUCGGGGUUCAGAUCAGGCUUUUGGUAUUGGACCGACCCGGGGGCAUUUGCUGAGUACAAUGUGCGCUGGAAGGAUGACUACUUCUACGUCCAUGGCUCGACCGGCAGAUUCUUGGGUGUCUGGGCUUGCAUCGUGCAGGCAACCUUUGCGUAUCUGGGCACUGAGCUGGUGGGUGUGGCCUUUGGCGAGACGCCUGACCCGAGAAAGAACGUGCCGAGGGCUGUGAACCAGACCUUGCUGAGAAUCGUCUUCUUCUACGUCGCCGGUGUGCUGGUCCUCGGGAUGGCCGUCCCGUACAACAGUCCCGAGUUGCUCAGGGCGACAAGGGAGAGGAUUGGCGGAUUGGCCUCCCCUUUUACCGUUGCAGCUCAACGUGCCGGUGUGGACAAGCUCGCCGAUGCCGUCAACGGAAUGCUGCUAGUCUUCACGAUCAGUGCCGCCAACUCGGAUAUCUACCUCGCAUCACGCACUGUUUGGGCCCUGGCUAAGGACAGACAAGCACCAGAGAUUAUGGAGCGCACCAACAAGCGUGGCGUACCCAUUCCCGCAGUAGCCCUCUCCUCCAUCUUUAUUGCCCUCGGCUUCAUGAACGCCACCAAGGAUGCCGCGACAGUGUUUGGAUACUUUGUCUCGCUCGUCACCGUCUUUGGCGCUCUGAACUGGGUCGCCGUGUUGGUUAGCUACAUUUCCAUGAUCAGAGCCAUGAAGGUUCAAGGCAUCCCACGAGAAAUCAUGCCUUACCGCAACCCUCUCUUGCCAUGGGGCUCCUACAUUGCGCUCGGGGUUACCAUCUUGGUUAUUAUCUUUAGUGGGUACUCGGCCUUCAUCCCCCAGUUCCAGAUCGACAAGUUUAUGACGAGCUACAUCGGCAUUGUGGUGUAUCUGGUGAACAUCUUGGUAUGGAAGUUGCUCAAGAAGACCAAGAGGGUGAGGCCGGAAGAGAUGGAUCUCUUGACUGGGAGGAGAGCGUAA